AUGAAGUUGAAAGUUCUUUCCCUGGCGCUGCUAGCCAAUCAUGUUUCGGCUCAACCACCAAUCAAUCGUAUGCCGAUGUUGCGAUUCGAGUGCUCGCAGCUGGUCAUCGAAAGGCUCGACCCCCUCGUGAACCCAGGCAUGAUCCCAUCGCCUCACGUACACCAAAUCGUAGGGGGUAAUUCUUUCAACGCCUCUAUGGAUCCAGUCACGCACGACCUUCCUUCGGCCUCAACUUGCACCAGCUGCACAUUCUCAGAGGACUUCUCCAAUUAUUGGACUGCGGUCCUCUACUUCCGAGCCCGCAAUGGGACGUACAAACGCGUGCCUCAAUACCCAAGCGAAGGGCUGACCGGGGACGGCGGCAUCACGAUCUAUUACAUCGCAUCGCCAGACGCGUCCGUAAACGUCACCGCGUUCCGGCCCGGCUUCCGUAUGCUUGUCGGCGACGCCGCGGCGGAUUCUCCGACCGCAGAACCCAAGGUGUGCCACAGAUGCAUGCCCAAGUCGGGCGACAACCGCUGGCUGAACUGUGCAUCGCCCGACAACCAGACCCUGCCCACCGGGUUCUGUGUCGGCGGUAUCCGAUCCGUCAUCACCUUCCCGUCGUGCUGGGACGGGAAGAACCUGGACAGCGCAGACCACAUGAGCCACAUUGCCUACCAGAUCCCAGACCCUUCGCACAACGGAGUCGGCGCUGAGGGCGUCUGCCCGUCAUCCCACCCCGUCAAGAUCCCCCAGGUCAUGUACGAGGUUAUGUGGGACACGCGGCCCUUCAAUGACAAGAACCUGUGGCCUGAGGAUGGGUCACAGCCAUUCGUCUGGAGCACUGGUGACAAGCAACAUGGUGACUACGUCUUCGGCUGGAAGGAUGAUUCCCUCCAGCGUGCAAUGGACCUCCGGUGUGACGGCGACGUCUGCAGCGGGUUGGCAAGACAAGACCCAGCAGAAGCGAUGAAGUGCACCAAGGCACGGGUCACUGAUGAGGAUAUUGAUGGCUGGCUUACCGAAAUCCCGGGUGUUUGA